AUGCUCUCUGGAACCCCGAAACGUUGCUCUGGCUGUCACGAAUCAGCGUACUGCGGUGAGGUGUGCCAGAAGAGGCACUGGGCGGUCCACAUCUUCGACUGCAAGACGGACAAGCCCAUCGGCACUGUUUACUACCUCGCCCGCGCUUGCCUCAACAAGAUCCCUCCUCUCGACGCGCAGACAAGAGUCGACUACGGCUUCCACAAGAUUUCGUACACCCUCAGCGGACCCGCUGAACUAGACCUCCUGCGGCUGUAUACGCACGUAUUCCACAUGGUCUCCCUCGACGUCUUGCGCCGAUGGCAGCGACAGGGACGACUCGUUCAGGGCAUCAAAUCCGUGUUCGAGGGAUCUCCCCGCGCCCAAGACCCCGCAUAUACCUGGUUCCUCCAGCACGAAUCCCACUUCGACGACCUCACGACCUUCGACGCCGACCGCGCGUGGGAGGUCGCGCAGGACGACGUGAACACCUGGCUGCGUGCCGGCUGGCUGCACAUCGGCCGCUCCUCCAACGACUCUACGGACGACAUCUGGGCGGCGAUCCGCGCGAUGCCGGAGCGGGAGGGCACCUGCCUCCUCUUCUACUUCUUCGCCCUCGCCGGCGUCGUCCCCGCGCCGUGGCAGGAGAUGUGGCUCACGUUCGGCUUCGUCGCGACCACGCACGGCGGGCGCGAGGCGCUCGGAAGCGCGUACCGCACGCUCGCCCACGCGUGCGCGUUCGACGCCUUCUUCACCGCGCACGACGCUGGCGCCCUCCCCGCGCUCUUCCGCGAGCACGGCAUCGCGAUACCUAACACGCCGUGCUUCGACGACGUCGUGAGCGUCCCGCCUGGGGCCGCGCUGAAGACGGUCUGGAAUUUGAAGCGGCGCAUCGACGUCCUCAUGGCGGCCCUCCCAGGCGAACCGGCGCGACAGGUGCUCGUCGCCCCCGCGGCGGACGUCUUUGCGGCGGACUACGGGUACACAAACUGCCAGAGCGAGGAGGAGACACAGCUGCUGGACGACCUCUACACGCGCGUGUUCACGAAGCUGGAGCGGCCGGUGGAUCCGCUGGAGCUGCACCAGGCGUCCGUCGAGCGGCGGCUGGCCGACUACAUCGGCCGGUUCGCGAACCUGGACGAGCGCGCCACGGACUAUGCGCGCCUUCUGAAGACGGAGGAGCGGGGCGUCGACGCGGAGGUGCGUGGAUGCCUGGAUGCGCAUUGA